AUGAGAGUGGAUUUUUUGACUGAUGAGGAGUUAGACCAUGAACUAAUCUCCCGCGCAGUUAAUAUUUCUCCGAGUCUCGACAAACCACGUAAACGAAAAUGGUUAAAAGAGCAACUAAAGAAGGAAAAGGAGGGAAGUAGUGAUAAAUGUUUACGGAUCUUGGGCGAUCCAAAUCAAGAGCUGAAGCAAUCUUUAACCGACUCACGGGGCUCGCCCAAUCUGCAUGGGCAAAUACAAAAUACGAUUGUAGAACUAGCUGAGAAUUUAGAGACUGUCUUUGGUAACAAUAUCGUAUCGCAGAUGAUUCCUAAUGAUCCCGUUCCGACUGAUGAGAAUUUAGAUUCUACUGAUAGUCCUGACCUCACCGAUGAUGAGCGAAUAGAUUCGCGCGCGAUUGAAUUUAAUAAAGAUGAUUGGGCACGGUUUUAUGCUUUACAAGCUAGAAUUACGGAGUUAGAGACCGAAUUGGCACGAGUUAAAGUCACCAAGAAUGCAGUUACUCAAACUGUAAAUGACGAAGAGGAAAUUGCGGACGGUUUACGUCCCGAUUCACAUAAAAUAAAUCCUUUUCCUUUCUCCCGAAAUCACCAUCCGGUUUCCAUUGGUCCUGACAACACAAUUCCCAAUCAAAAUUCAAAUCCCAUCCUAAGACAAACAGUUCCCGAUAACCCCCACAUUCUUCAAAGUUCUCUACAUCACCCUUACUAUCCUUAUUUCUCGAAUCCUAAUUCUUUUAGUGUCUCUGCUUAUCCACACUUUUCAAAUAUUCCAGAGUAUCCUGUAAGAUCCAGCAUUCCAAAUCCUGCCCAAUAUUCCUCCGCUAUGCCCAACUUACCUCAUCCUAAUCCCAACUUACCCUCGAUGCCAAAUCGACACACACUACCCGUCUCAAAAUGGAACGUAGCCAAGUAUGGUGGCGAUGAUCAAGGCUGGAAACUAAACGAGUUCUUAGAACUAGUACACGCACUUGCGCAAGCCGAACAUGUAUCUGAAACCGAAAUUUUCGAAUCAGCGAUUCAUUUAUUCGCUAAUUCUGCCCUUAAGUGGUAUAUGACACAGCGAGCAACCGGUAGACUGCUUAAUUGGCAGCAUUUAGUAUUCGAACUCAAACGCACAUUCAUGCAUCCAGAGCUCGACGCCUGGAUAAAGAAGAAAAUUUACCACCGACUUCAGCAGAGAAAUGAAUCAUUUCACGAAUUCUACUUUGAAGUCGAAAAACUAUUUCGCACAAUGAAUGUACAAAUCCCCGAAUACGAAAAACUACAAAUUUUACUUCAAAAUAUACGACCGGACUACAAACGUGCCCUAGCGUUCACUCCGAUCGUAGACUUAUUCUCGCUGGUUUCAGCUGCUCAAAAGUUAGAUUCGAUCAACUUUUCAUCUUACCAUAAAUUUUUAGGGAACGAAAGGACGGUGCAAAUUGUCGAAGAUACGAGUUCCAAAUCUAAAAAGAAAGACAAACAGCAACCACAGACUCAGAAAAGUAUCGCGCAAGCGGCAGUUAGUUCGCAGCCCGGCCACAUCAAGCAGUAUCCAACGUCACCGGCGCAAAGUAACUCUCGAUUUAAUCAGUCUUCCAAAAAUAAUCAACAAACAGUAAACUCACAAGAAAAACCGAAUUCCUCGAAUAGUUCCUCUAGGCCCGAGCCCAUUGCGGGACCUUCAGGACCCCAAAAACUGUUCAACCUAGAAAACCUGGUGAACGCACACGUACCGCCAGCUAGUAACACCUGCUUUAAUUGCGGCCGAGCCGGACAUCAUAUGGCUAUGUGCCGGCAGCAACGCAAUAUCUUUUCGAGUAAUCCACCACCGUUCUGGAUACCCUCGAACGAUGCUUCGCAUCUUGACACUUCAGAAACUUUGCACAUUUCUUACCCGGUAGCGAAUGACAACCGACCGUACGUUAACAUAAAAAUUUAUGAAUAUUCGUUACACGCGCUUCUGGAUAGCGGUAGUAACUAUACCCUGAUUAGUGAAACCGUUUAUUCAAAGCUCAGUAACAAAAAGUUACAGCAACCGUUCAAAAGGGUAACUCUACGAUCUGCUAGUGGAGAUGAGCUUAACAUCCUAGGGCAAGCUCAACUUCCAUUUAACUUUAAAGGGAGCAUUAAAAUGAUACCUACCUUAGUGAUCAAAAACCUUUCUAUUAAUUGUAUCUGUGGAAUGGAUUUUUGGAACCGCUUCAAAAUUCAACCGAUUAUGCAAAAGAAAAUAAAGGAAACACUACUGACUACGAUUGACGAGACAUCAAACCAGGCGUCCGCUUCAAUAUUAAACGAGACAGAAAUCGCUGCUAUCGAAAACGUUAAAAAAAUGUUUCUGCCUGCUAGAGAGGGAGAGUUAACUCUGGCUAAAGGGGCAGAACAUAAAAUAGUUUUAGGAGAAGAGUGGAAAAACAAACCACCCGUGCGACAAUUCCCAUAUGUAAUGUCCCCCAAGACGCAAGAACUUGUCGCGGUGGAACUUAACCGUCUGCUUGAUCUCGGAAUCAUUGAACGAAGCUCUUCGGAUUGGUCAUUGAACUGUGUGCCGGUGAUCAAACCGAACAAAGUUAGAUUAUGCCUUGAUGCCCGUAAGAUCAACGAAAGAACCGUUAGAGAUGCGUACCCGUUACCCCAUCCUGGGCGAAUCCUGGGACAGCUUCCGGAGGCGAGGUAUUUAUCCACGAUAGACCUCUCCGAAGCUUUCCUACAGGUGCCCUUAGAGAAGCAAUCACGGAAAUAUACCGCCUUUAGUGUGCAAGGGAAAGGGUUGUUUCAAUACACCCGAAUGCCUUUUGGGCUGAUUAACAGUCCUGCUACUUUAGCAAGACUAAUGGACAAGGUUCUUGGCCAUGGCGUACUUGAACCGCACGUUUUCGUGUAUCUGGACGAUAUCGUCGUAGUCACGGAAACGUUCGAGCAACAUUUGCGUCUGCUCAAAGAGAUUGCCCAUCGGCUGAGAGAGGCAAAUCUAAGCAUAAAUCUGGAGAAAUCCAAGUUCGGGGUGUCUGAAAUCCCAUUCCUAGGUUAUCUCCUGAGUGUUAACGGUCUUAGUGUCAAUCCUGACAAAAUUCGUCCGAUCGUAGAAUACGAAAGGCCUAAUACCAUAACAAAACUAAGGAGAUUCCUAGGAAUGGCCAAUUACUACCGACGGUUCAUUCCCGGGUUCAGCGGGGUGACCUCUGCUCUGACGGAUCUCCUACAGAGCAAGACUAAAAACAUUCAGUGGAAUAAUGCUGCUGAGGAAGCAUUUUGCGUUAUCAAAGAGCUACUGAUCUCGUCACCCGUCCUGGGCAGCCCGGAUUUCAGUAGGGAGUUUACAAUCCAAACGGACGCGAGUGACGUGGCAAUUGCGGGAGUGCUUACACAAGAACACGAGGGAGAGGAACGCGUUAUUUCCUACUAUUCGCAUAAAUUAACGACGCCACAAAAGAAUUAUCAUGCCGCAGAAAAGGAAGCGUUGGCGGCCAUCCUUUCCAUCGAUGCUUUUAGAGGGUACGUUGAAGGGUAUCAUUUCACCCUGAUAACCGACUCCUCCGCACUAACCCAUAUCUUGACCACAAAGUGGAAGGUAGGUUCAAGGUGUAGUCGGUGGGCGUUAAAUUUACAGCAGUUCGACAUGUCUGUACGGCAUCGCAAAGGCAAAGAAAACAUAGUGCCUGAUGCACUUUCUCGAAGUAUCGCUGCGGUUACCGACUUUCCGUGGUACACUAACAUGCUCGAUAAAGUGUCCAACCGACCCGAUGAUUUUGUAGAUUUCAAAGUUGACGGUAGUAAAUUGUUUAAAUUUGUCUCCAUACCUGAAAUUCAUGAUUCACGGUUCGAGUGGAAGCAAAUUCCGCCUCCAUCAGACAUCGAAACGAUUUUGAAAAGAUGCCAUGACGAUGUUUUUCAUCCCGGUUACGAAAAAACUGUAGGGCGGAUCCGACAGCGGUAUUAUUGGCCAAAAAUGGCUAAUGAAGUACGAAAAUACGUCCAACAGUGCGGUGUAUGCAAGGAAGUAAAGGCCACUUCUGUCCCCGUAGUGCCAGAAAUGGGAAAGAUGAAAAUUGCCACUCGACCCUGUCGUCGCGGUAAUCAACACUUGUUGGUUGUCUGCGAUUAUUUUUCCAAGUGGGUGAUGAUCCACCCCACUAAAAAUGUCAGCAGUGCACCGAUGUGCACGGUCUUAAGAGACCAGUGGUUCCUUCGUAAUUCCGUCCCGGAAAUUAUAAUUUCGGACAACGGUAGUAGCUUCGUGUCCAAGGAGUUCAAAAGUUUGUUAGAUCGGUUCCAAAUCACGCAUUGGUUGAACACACGGUAUCACUCCCAGGCCAACCCUGUGGAGCGCGUAAACCGUACAAUCAACGCAGCUAUCCGCACCUACGUAAGAGAAGAUCAACGUCUGUGGGACACACGAGUCUCCGAAAUUGAGAUGGCACUUAACACUAGUGUGCAUACUUCGACAAGUUUCACUCCGUUUUUUAUAACACACGGACAUGAAUUUUUCGAAGCGGGAAUCGACCACAAACUAGAACGCACUAACGAAAAAUUAACUCCCGAGCAACUGCACGAACGUCGUGAGAAAAUGUUUAAUCGCAUCUUCGAGACCGUACGCAAAAAUCUUGAAAAGGCACACGCAUCAUCUCAGCAUCGGUACAAUUUACGCAGCCGCCGGUUCGCGAAAUCGUUCGUUGAAGGACAGUUGGUAUAUCGUAAAAAUAUGAAACCGUCCAGCGCAGCGAAUAAUUAUAACUCGAAGUACGGGCCACAGUAUCUACCGUGCCGAGUGAAGGCAAAGCUAGGCUCUUCCUCCUAUGAGUUAGAGGAUCUGACCGGAAAAAGUCUCGGCGUUUGGCCAGCGGUACAUUUGAAACCCGGUUGA